AUGAUGGUUUCACAUGCAGAUUUACCCAUCGCGUCUUCUACGGAACAGAAGGCUCACGGACGUCUCAAAUCGAAAACGUUUGCUCCUGAAAAUCGGCAAAAAGCGGCCACGAUUACUUCGCUAUCUAUUUUCGGAACUCCUUCGGACCAAGAGUGCCAGCCCAUUCCGGUGGUACCUCGAAGUAGUAGUAACGACGAGCUUCGUGUUUGGAGAGUGACCAGUGCGGGUUUGGUGGAAGUUGACGCAAAAACAAUGGGAGCCUUUCUCGACAAACCGAAGACCGACAAAACUAAUGUCCACGGAGAAGGAAAUGGAAUCAAGUACGGAAUGUCGUCGAUGCAAGGCUGGAGGAUAUGUAUGGAGGAUUCACACAUUGCCGAAGCAAUCAUGUCGCAAUCUUCCCCUUACAAGGAUUGGUCAUUUUUCGCGGUUUUCGAUGGACAUGCUGGUCACCACAUUGCCAAUCGUGCUUCCUCGCAGCUACUAGAGCACCUUAUCACCAGCGACGAAUUCCGUCAGAUGACAAAGGCUCUCGAGGAAAACAACGGAACGCUCACCGACAGCACCCUCAAGUUGCUCGAAACCGGAAUUAAGAAAGGAUUUUUGAGCUUCGAUGAAAUCAGUAAGAGCUCAGAAAUUAACAAAAGUGGAUGUACCGCUGUUUGUGCCAUCGUCACCCCGACUCACAUUAUCAUUGGAAAUCUCGGAGAUUCUCGCGCAGUCGUAGCUGGGAAGAACAACGUUUUCGGAACAGAAGACCACAAACCGUAUUUGGAAAAAGAACGUAAACGAAUCGAAGACGCAGGAGGCUCUGUUAUGAUUCAAAGAAUCAAUGGAAGCCUCGCUGUCAGCAGAGCUUUCGGAGACUACGAGUACAAAGAUGAUCCGCGUCUGCCAGCGGAUCAGCAACUUGUUUCUCCAGAGCCCGAUGUAUACAUUAUGAAGAGAAACAUUGAAAACGAUGAAUUCAUGGUUGUUGCAUGCGAUGGAAUAUACGAUGUGAUGUCAAACGAAGAGCUUGCUGACUUUGUACGGGAUCGACUUGUCGUUCAUGAUGACUUGCGAGAGGUUUGCGACGAUGUACUCGACGAGUGUCUGACAAAAGGAAGUCGGGACAACAUGACGAUGGUUGUCGUAUGUUUCCCAGCUGCACCACCCGUGAAUGUUCAUCGGAAGGAGGCAGAAGAAGCUUGGGUGGCUCAAGUGAAAACCGUCAUUAAUCAGUUCCUAGACGACACAGUUGCCGGUGAAGAUUUCAAAAAAGAGGAGGACAUGGUCACUCUGAAAAGCGUAUUGGACAAAGUGACAGCUAAGGGACUACUGCCAACAGAUUUGCGUGUUCCGACGCACACAGUAACUACUCUGGCCCAAAAGAUUCUCACACAACGCGACAUCAAACACGUGUAG